AUGUCUGCCGCUGCCUUGCAAAUCCAAACUCUGGAAGAUGAGGAUUCACAAUGGGGUGGUUCUUCAGAAGGUCGUACCUAUAAGGCCAGGGAUCGAGAGCUGAUGGAUCUUCGACUCAAAGCUCAAUACUUCACUGAUCCGUGCAGAGAUGCUUGUGGGAGACUAAGCUUAUCCACUGAACAAAAGCUGACAUGCGCCAUGAGAAUGCUCGCGUAUGGCAUCACAGCUGAUUUCUGCGAUGAUUACCUAGAUAUUGCGAAGAGCACUGCCAUUGAGAUUUUGGAGCACUUCACAAUAGUAAUCUGGAAUGUGUACCAUGAGACUUACCUCCGCCAACCAACACCAGCGGAUUUGCGACGGCUGCUGGACAAAGCUGCAGAACGGGGAUUCCCGGGGAUGGUGGGUAGCCUUGAUUGUAUGCACUGGCAGUGGAAAAAUUGUCCCACCGGAUGGGCAGGGCAGUAUACUGGCCACAAAGGGAAACCGACAAUCAUCUUAGAGGCGGUGGCCUCCUACGAUACUUGGAUUUGGCAUGCCUUCUUCGGACUUCCAGGUUCCCUGAAUGAUAUUAACGUUCUUGGAUGUUCACCAUUGUUCAAUGACGUAUGCCUUGGUGAAACUGCUGAAGUAAACUACCAGGUAUGUAAUAGGCAUUAUCGUCAAUGUUAUUACCUAGUUGAUGGCAUAUACCCUAAGUGGGGGUCAUUUGUACAAGCAAUCCGAAACUCGAGGACGCCGCAGACACAACACUUCACAAGGAUGCAGGAAGCAUACAGAAAAGAAGUGGAGAGAGCAUUUGGUAUUCUCCAAGCUCGUUGGGCAAUCAUAAGAGGACCAGCUCGUGGGUGGAGUAAGGAGAACCUUCAAUACAUCAUGAUGACAUGUAUUAUCUUGCACAAUAUGAUUGUUGAAGACGAGCAUGAUGAAGAUGCAGCAGAGCCAUUUGAUCCGGAUGAUAUCCCAACUAGACCCAAGAAAGCAGAGAUAUAUGACAGACCAAUAAUUCCCACCGAUGUUCAUCGCAAUCCGCAUCAACUAAAUCAAUUCUUGCGUCGUCAUAGGGAGGUUAGAUGUCCAAUGAUGAAUAAAAACCUCCAAGAUGAUCUAGUCGAUCAUCUAUGGACCAUGAAGCUAUAAGCUGAUCAGAACCACCAGUGAGGAGUAUGCCUUGGUGUUUUUUUUUUUUUUUUGCUUUCAAUAAGUGGCCAUGUAGUCAUGAUAAGUGGUCAUGGCCUACUAUGUAUUGUGUGGUAUGCGUUUACUUUGUAUUGUGUGCUUUUA